UAUUAAGUAUACUUAUAGAAUUGUAAGUGCGGAAGUAUCCCACUUGAAAGAGCCACUGAUAAACCGUGAUGGCUACUGUUUUAAUUACGACAGUUGGUGGCGAUAAUGAUCCCCCACAUUGCUUUUUUUUUUGUCAUGAAAUGAAAAGAAGAAGAAGAAGACGCUGCUCUUGGUCGCACGCUUUUAGCAUUAGCUUAAAAUGUCACCGUGUGUUUUGUGGUGUAUUACUGUGAUAUAGUUGUAAAGUCCUAGGAGGAAAUGUUGAGUGUGGACUCUUUGCAAGUAGCAGAAGAGGAGGUGGUGGAUUCCACCUCCAGUAAACUCGGUGACAUUUUCACAUUCGUGGCUAAAGGCUGCUUCCCGCAGUCCAUGAAUCCUCUACGGAAGAAGAAUCUCAAACGAUACGCGCAGAAGUUUAUCAUAGACGAGGGCAAGCUCUAUUACGUGGGGCCAAAGAAAGAAGAGAAACGAGAGGUGGUGAUCGAGGCCGAGAGGAAGAGGCAAAUAUUUCUCGACUGCCACUUUAACGACAUCGGCCAUCAUUUGGGUCAGAAGAAGACCGUCCACAAAAUCCAGAAGAAGUACUACUGGCUGGGAAUUAUUAAGGAUGUGGUAGACUGGAUUAAAGUAUGUGACACUUGUCAGCACACGGAGAGGAGUAAAAACCUGGCGAGGACAGUUCGUCCCAUCAAAGUGGACGCGCCGUGGGAUAUCGUGGGAAUUGACAUCAUAGGGCCUUUCCCAGAGACCCAACAAGGCAACACGCAUGCGGCGCUUCUCAUUGAUUACUUUAGUAAAUGGCCUGAAGCCUUUCCGGUGCAAAAGACGGACGCCGUUUCUGUGGCAAGAUGUAUUUCCAAAUGCCUGUCCAGGUUUGGUGCUCCUAAAACGAUGGUGUGCACGCAAAGCGAAGACUUCUGUGAUGAGGUAACCAAUCUGCUGAGUAACAGAUGGGGCGUCGUACAGAAGGUCUCUCCUCUGGCUCAGCCUCAGCUCAACCCGCUGCACGACUGCACGAGUCCACUCCUGAAGGAAGCCGUCUUUCAGAUGGUGACGGAAAAGCAGGCGGACUGGGAUGACUUUCUGGACCCUGUGCUGUUUCUCUUCCGGACGUCAAUCAACCCCACGACAAAGUUUACUCCUUAUUCGCUUGUGUUUAACCGCAAGGCUAACACGCCAAACCAGGCUUCACUUGGUCCACUCGGGUAUGACGAAGAGGCAAACGGAUGUCCUGUCAAGGAGAAGGCUUCAUCGUAUAUGACCAUAAUGCAGGAACAACAGAACACCGUUAAGCAAUUGGUGUUAGCCAAUAUGAAAGCAGCCUACAAACAGGAGAAGAAGAACGUGAAACGAAGGGCGCACAACAACAACCCCGCGGUGGUUUUAAAUACACCAAGCGCACUGUUUUGCGAUGGGGAUACCCCUUCCUCGAAAAAACUGAAAGAAGAGUGUUUAUAUUUGUCUUUCCCUGUGGAAACGGUGCUGGCCACCGAGCAAAGCGGCUCCGAAGUGUUAAAAACUGCGAUAACUUAUCACUUGGCCGAGUCUGAUGUCCACUGAGUCUUUAGAAAACUUUGUUGACACAAGCGUUCAUUUGCUGACAGAGGUUUUGUCUGCGUGCAGAUUGUGGUAAAAUGAGUUAUGUCACUUUAAUACUUGCAUGCUCCAUUAUCCUGCCUUGUCUCUGCUUAUUUCCAUGAAAUCCCUAUGAAAUACCCAAAUAAAGUAAUUUAUUUAAUU